GGAAUUAUGAAUAUAACCUAUUUAUUUAUUUAUAUGUAAUUUUUACGACUGACGAGACUUAUUUUAUUUAUGUUAAUAUUAUAUCGCAAUUUUAAUAUUUGUCACAACUUUACCACUUUAGUUACAAAAGUAAAAAUGUCUCGCCCAACGGUGUUAAUGUCCUCUCCAACCAUACCAAAAAUUGCCUUUGACUUAUUGGAAACAAGAUGUAAUUUGGUGAGAACCACAACCGACUCCAAAAAUGAAAUUCUGGAAAAAGUUAAAGGCGUUGACGCUAUUUUUUGGGCAUCACAUCUACCACUAAAUAAAGAAGUAUUGGAAAAUGCUGGUUCUCAGAUGAAAACCAUUGGUACAAUGUCUGCUGGAUUCAAUCACAUUGAUAUAGGAGAGUUGAAAAGCAGGGGAAUCAAAUUGGGGAAUACCCCAGAAGUUUUGAAUGAUGGUGUUGCAGAUGUGGCUGUUCUUUUAGCUUUGGGAGCUUCCAGAAGAUUGCAAGAAGGAAGAUUGAAAAUAGAAAACAAUGAAUGGAACUCUCAUAACCAAUGGAUGCUGGGCCAGGACAUUUCAGGCUCAACAGUUGGUAUCAUUGGCCUUGGAGGAAUCGGACAAGCAAUCGUAAAACGCCUGAAGCCCUUCAACGUCGCCAAAUUUAUCUACACAGGCCACAAGGAGAAACCGGAGGGCAAAACUCUGGGAGCUCAUUUCGUAGACUUGGAAACAUUGAAUAAGGAAAGCGAUUUUAUUAUUGUGGCUUGCCCGUUAAACGAUGAAACUAGAGGAAUGAUUAACGAUGAUUUUUUGAGUAAGACCAAGAAGACUGCUGUUCUGGUGAAUAUUAGUAGGGGUGACGUUGUUAACCAAGAAGCUUUGAUAAAGGCUUUGAAGGAAGACAGGCUUUUUGCUGCUGGGUUGGAUGUAAUGACUCCUGAACCUCUUCCUUCUAACCAUGAACUUCUUAAGAUGCCGAAUGUUGUUCUUAUGCCGCAUCUAGGUAGCGCCACUAAGAAGACCAGAGAUGCGAUGGCGGAACUGACAGCUCAAAAUAUACUGAGAGGAUUGGGUGGGGAACCUAUGUUAACUCCAGUUUGUUAAAUUUAUUUGUUUCUUAUAAAAUAAAUAUUAAUUGAGUGUUUUAUUGUCAUUUACUGUAUUAUCCAAUAAAAAUGUCUAUUUUUAAAGUA